AUGUUGACCGGCAUCGCUCACGUAAACCUCACGGUGCCCUCAAGCACCCUCGACGAGGCGGAGGCGUUCUACAGCAACACACUCGGCAUGAAGCGCGUUCCUGUGCCAGCAUUGCAGAGAGACAGACUCGCUUGGUUCGAUAUCACACCAAAUGGUCAGCAAGUUCACAUUGCUUUCGGUCCGCCAAACGAAGAAUCAUCCCGUCAUCCUUGUUUUCGUGUAGAGUCACAAGAGGCUCUUUUAAAGCUCCAGAAACGCGUCUAUGAGCAUUUCGAAGCCGGCGGCAAAGGAGCUCCUAGAGCGGCUGAUAAACCUGGAGAAGAGAAUUCAGGCUCAAAAGGUGUUGAAUACCCAAGCAGAUUUUUUGCAAGAGAUUAUGCCGGAAAUCGUCUUGAGUUCAGUCUGUAA